GCCAGCCGUUUUCGCAGUAUUCGCAGCUGUAAUUUGAAGUACGAGUACAUAAUAAGAGGUGUUUUCGGGUUUCUUCGUGUUACCAUAGUAUAGAUAAGAAUAAGAAUGAUGGCCUGAAAUUAUUUUCGCCGGCGGAAUAUUCCUAGUGAUAUUUUCCCAGCAAUAUCCUUAAUAUCAUGGAUUCUUCUACCCAAGAUGAUACGGAAAAGACUGUUUCGCCAAAUUUAAAGCAAAAGUCCCGUGGAAUAAAGCGGAAGCGUAAAUCCAGUGGCAGCAGCAGUUCAGAUAUAGAUGAUGUGCUUCCAGAAAAUACUCUUGAAGUUGAGAACAACCUACAUAUGUCAGCAGUUAAAAAUAAUUUGGAUGAUACAAGUGUUAAGAAGAUUUUAAAAAAAGUAGUCACCAACACCCAUGUUUUGGCGUUAGUCAAGCUUCAAGAGGAGGAGGAGAUGGGGACCAGUGAAGAUGGUGGUCACAUUCCUAAACUGACUAGGUCCAAAGUAAAAGAGUUAAAGAAAGUAUCAUCAGGCAAGCCGGCUUGGAACCUAGACAACUUGGAGCUGACGCCGAUCAAGCACAUCCCCGUGAAGACCAGGCCGGAGGUGAAGGCUCUGAUCGCUCAGGAGUUGCCAGAGGACGAGGAUGAUGAUGAGUACCAGCCCACACAUGAUGAUGUACCGAGUGACGACGAUCAGACCCUGGAGUCAUGUAGCGACCUGGACUCGCAACCAAGGACUCCGGCUACUCCCAAUAAUCAGCAGCCUGUGAAUAGCCCUCGUGUAGUGAAGGACGGCCCAUUUGUAGUGCCUCAAGAAACACCUGUCAAACGUAAACCAGAGUCGGACAAAGAGGAAGCGACAAUAGCCCUCCGGACUCGAUCCAAAUUGAGUCUUUCCGAGACUCCCAUAGAGCAUAUAGAGAGCUCGUUCGUUCCUCCCGACGACAUCCCCGGCCCGGUCGAUGACCUCUGGAACCAGUUCCUGGCGGAGUGCCUGGACCCCGGGCAGGCGGCGAGGCACGAAGAUGAUGAUGAAGCGGAUCCCGAGUACAAUGUGGCCGCCGAUCCUGAUGCGCAUGACGAAGAUGAAGAGGCGCUAGAGAACAACAUCAUCAAGAUAUCUAGGAAGGAGCUGAACGAUCUGGUGACGGAACUGUUCAGCGUCAUGCCGGAGGACGUGGAAGACUGUCUUACGGAGAAAAUGGUGGAGAAUGUGCUCGGUGUUGGGAACAAGACGGCAAACCAGUGGGAAGGCAAAAAUGAACCCCAAUCGGACGAAGAUACCACGUACACGAGCAAAAGGAUAUCUGACAGGAUUAAAUUCGAAGGGCGGGACAACGCUGGGUAUUCUAUAGGCAAAAUGGAGCCUCCUGAUGAAGAAGAGGAACGCCACUAUUUAGAAAUAGGGGCUUUGCCAAAGGAAAUUCCAAUUAAACCAGCGAAAGACAAAGAUUCUACGGGCAGCAAAGUGGAUCAGUUGAUAAGUGAGACUGUGGAGUCAGAUAUGACCUACCCGCCGAAUACGAUCGCUAAUAUGGUCAAAGUGGUUGAUGGACAAGCCAGUAACGUGGUGAACAUAGUGGUCGGCCAACAAGCAACUAGGGUGCAGAUCCCUUCAGCGCCGCUGCCGCUGCAGAAGAUGCAGCCGCGGAACAGGAGAGCUUCUCCCCGGAGCAAGUCCAAGAUAACCAGGGUCGAGGUCCAUAUGGGUUCUGGACUGUGUAUUCUGCCGGAACAGGUCAUCAUUCUCCAGCAGCAGCUGAGGCAGCACAUCCAACUGGCGGCCUCCAACUUCCUCCAGCUCUUCGUCCACCCCCUGAACUACGGCUUCGGACCGACAUACAAGGGUUUCAUAGAAAGCUUGGUGCAAAUGGCCGACAAGACACCCAAUUCGGUGGUGGAAGUGUGCAAUCUGAGGCCCGCGAUGGAACUAGUCAGCGGUUGGGAGGCUAAAGUGUCGCAAACGACGCCAGAAAACACAGAAUAUAUACAAUACAUUCAAGACGACUGUCAGAAAUGGGCGAAUUACAUGGCACGUAAUAACUACUACCUGGGCGAUUUUCAUGACAUGUUCAAGAAGGCGAUUGCUGAGAGCCCAGUGUUCCUAUAUCCUUACCUCCUGCCUCCCAGACCAUAUCACAACAGGCAGAGACGGAGUAACUACCUCAUGAGUGAAGACGAACUAAUAGCCUUGGGCCUGCACCAAUUCCGGCAGUACGUAAUGGACAACCCCAAGAUGUAUAAGAAGUCGAAACACAAAGACACAACGCGCUGGUGGCUCAACGCCGCGUUGGAGUUGAUAUGCAAACACAUGUUACCAUUUUUCACCAUAAGGAUGCUAAUGUCACAUCUCGCCAAUGUGAAGAAGUACCACGACCAAGAGAAUCCGAUUAAUAGGUUCUUCGAGACGUACGAAGUAUUACCGCUUGAACACCAGAUAUUGCCUUUCAAUCCGAACAUGACAUUAGAACAUCACCCCGUUGAAGAAAUGCCCCGGGUUUGGCUGUGGUACCUCGCCAAAAUAAAUCCCAUAUUUAGGAAAUUCUACUCUCGGUACAAAAACCAAGCAGGCGCACCUCCCGCCGGCAUUCCCCUCCAUGUUAAUUUAGAUCCGAAUGCACCAGUUAUGGAAGUUCCAACGCCUUUAGAAUUUACUAAAAAAAUAACCGUUCGGAAACUGAAACCUAAAGAUCCAAACGCGGCUCCUAACGACAAUAAACAAGACAAUCUCGAUUCGGAAGCACCUAAAGAUAAUGUUCAAACGCCAGGGGUCUCCACCAAUGUGGUGCCCCUUCAACCUAUUGUUGGGGAAGGUAUAUAUACAAUAGAUAAUACUGGUAUAACCAACCAAUUAGUACCACUAAUUAUACAGAUGAAUUCUGCCGAAGUGAGCAGUUCUGUUGUCACAAAUACUGCACCUGUCAGUGAACAAAUUACAUCUAAUGAUGGAACUGUAGCUAAAAAUAUUACUUCGACAAUACAACCUAAUACUACAAUUUUAGAACCUACAACUACUACUUCACCGAUAGAACCUGUAACAAUUGAUCUUACAGAAAAUUCCAAACACACAGAGACUAAAACAGAUAAUAAUAUAAGAACGGCAACUGUCACAGUCAAUUGUAACAAUUCUCCAAUAACUUCAACACGAUCUAGUAUUCCGCAUAGUAUAAGUUCUACAGACCAACAAUACCCUUGCAACAAAGCUUUACCGAAAAAGCCGAAUCACUGUCAAUGCUGCGUUUUAUUAAGAAAAGUAUGCAAAAUACAGACGAAAAUAACGGAUUAUUUCAAUAGGGAUAGAAGGAAAACCAGAUGCUUUUGUAAGAAUAUAACAUACCCGAGAAUUACGAAGAAAUUGAUACUUUUGGUGAACACAUUCAAGGACCCUUAUAAGACAGCGAUGGAAACUUUCUCCGCAAAUUUGGAUGAAGCAAAGAAACUCGCGCGCAGGCGUAUGUCUGUUAGGAACCUGGAGAAUAAACUGAUGGCAAAGAAACAUCAAAUAGAAGAGUCUAGAAGUACGGACGUGGAAGAUUUCUCGUACGUAAUAGGUUACAAAAUGAAGCUAAUGGCGAGACUAGGGACCAACAUAAGUCUUAAAGCUAAAGUACAUUCCAUAUUUUCCAACUUCAACACGAAUACGGACGAUCCUCUCACUCUCGCGAAGUCCUUGAACGAAACGUUGACGGGGAUUCACUCGUCGUUAUUUAGAGAUUUCCUGCCGUUCCUGACUAAGGAUCAAGCGGCAAAAAUAGGAAGGUUCAAGGAUUACUUCGCGGUGGUAUGCGUUGCUGACCUUGUUCAAAUGGUCCAGGAAGAAGUCGUACGAGUGAGAAGUCGUCGCACGGUCCUACAGAGGAUGUACAAAGUACUCACCGCCACCGGCGAGCCCGCGGCUUGCGAGAUCUGCGCACGAUUGUUGCCUACAUUCAACGACUACCCGCAUUUGGCUGAGAGAGUGUUUAAGAUGUUCCCUCACCAUUUAGCCGUGAUUGAGGAAAGGGCUGAUAAGAACACAGGUCCCGUACCACCACCACCAGCAUCUAAUAACUCGACGCAACCGGUUCCAGUCAUCCCCCACGUUAUAGCUCCGAGCAGGGCUGAUAUAAAUACCGAUCCCGUAGCACCAGUAUCUAAUAACACGACGCAACAUGUUCCAGUCAUCCCAUAUGUCAUAGCUCCGAGCAGUGCCGACCAAUACAUAACAGUUCUUACACUGCCCAGCCAACCUCAAUCUCUGACAUUAGGAGUGCCGAAUGACAACACACCUCGGGCAGAAAUCAACUCGGAUCAAUCGUGCAGGAACUCGCAAACAUCUCAAGUUACAAACGCAACGCAAGAGCUCGCUCCACGCUCUCAAAUACCAAAUGCGACUGACACCGUGCUUAGUAAAGGCCACACAUCUUGCAGUGACGACGAAGAAAAUAUGCCUCUGCAUAGAGUUAAAGCUGCGCUUUACCACGAGAGAUCUCAAGGUAAAUGCGAUAAUGCGGUGAGCGACCCGUGCCAAGACAAAUUUGGAGAUUCUGGUAAUGAUUCUGAUGCAACACUGUGUAGUGAUAAGUCUUGUAAACGAGAACAUAUUGAGGAAUCAGGUUGUGAACAAGAAAUGGAUACUUGUGAACAAGAAAUGGAUACUUGUGAACAAGAAAGGGUUACUUCGGCCAAUGAAGAAAGAAUUUGUGAAGAAAAAACAGAUGCUCCGCUUUGUGCAGACAAAACUUGCGAACAAGACUUGGAUGCUACGCUGUGUGAAGACGCAACUUGUGAACAAGAACAAAUGGAUGUGACGCUAAAAGGUGAUGAUCAGAUGCAAGUCGAUUACGAGGCUGAUCAUUCGUCAAGUGGUGAAGAAGAAGAAAACGCUAGUGACACGGAAAGUCGGCUCGUAAUUAAAGAGGAACCGGAGGAAGAAAUGGGAGAUGUAUACGGAAUAGGGAGCAACAUACAAAUUUUCAUCAGUGACGUUAAAUCUGAGCAAGAAUCAGACGACUAUAGUGCUGUAGAAAACCCAGAGGCUGCGAAAUAUGAAGAAUCUCAUAGAGACGCCAUAGAGUCUGAUGACGGAACAGUCAAGUCAGAGACUGCAGAGUGGCAGAGAGACGAAGAUAAAGUAAUUUUGCAAGUCAUUAGAGAUAAUAUUGUGAUGGGAAACUUCGGAGACAAGACUAUUGUGGAGUUACUUGAGGAGAAACAAAUGAUACAUUUGCUAUCGGAAAGUUUGACUCACAAAUCACCAAAUGAAAUUAGAAAUAGGAUAAUUUAUUUAAUAAAAAUGCUUGCGAUAAAUAAUAAUUAGUAAAACUUAAACAUUGUGUU